UCUCCGCAGUGUGGAAAUAGUUGAAGAGCGCACGCAGUCCAAUCCACAAAACACAUUUUUAGCUAAGCGAGGAAUAUACAUUUGUGAGUUUCUUGUCAGCAUCGCUUGGACAUGAUUUGUAUUCUUUUUAACAGGCUCUGAAAGACGCGCAGUCAGUGAAGGACGUUUGAAAACUGACUUCUGAUUAGUUCACGAUUAAGUUCAAACCGGGAAAAGACACGGAUAGAGGUUGUUUUUAUCAACGACAUAAGAUUCAUUUAAAAUCAGAGCACAGGCAGCAUGGCGAGAGAAGACGCUCGAAAUUGGCAUGACUUCACAAAAAUGAUCGGACUGUUCAGCGUGGUCACGUUGCUGACUUUUCAAGGGGCGGUGUCUCAGCGGGUGAAGGUGGAACCGGAAGUGAUGUCCUACCCCAGCCAGGCGGUCAACCUGAGGUGUGCCUUCGCAGACGCUGGAGGGAUACAGCUCACACAGGUGUCCUGGAUCUAUGAGCCGAAGGAGGGCGAGCGGCUCAACAUCGCCGUGUACCACCCUACCUUUGGGGCAAGUUACCCCACAUCGCCCCUGAAGGGGCGGGUCCGCUUCACGACGGAGCCCCCCUCCCUCAGCAACCCCUCCAUCCAGAUCUCGGACGUCAAGAUGACUGACGAGGGGAGAUACAUCUGUGAAUACGCCACCUACCCCAGCGGCAACGAACAGGGUGUCACCUCCCUCGUCAUGCUAGCCAAACCCAGGAACUCUGCCUCCGGGGUAACAGUGAUAGCCUCCACUGUCGCCACGGGAGCCCAGCCAGUUGUCGUGGCCCGCUGUGAGUCGGCCGACGGUCGUCCUGCUGCCCAGAUCGCAUGGGUGACAGCUGUCAACGGCAACGCUACCACCGCCUCUACGGAGGGCGCUGACAACACCGUGACGGUAUCCAGCCAGUACAUGCUGGUUCCCACAGCAGCAGACAACGGCAAAGACAUCAGCUGUUUGGUGUCCCAUCGAACCCAGGCCAAGCCUGAGAGCUUCCUGAUGAACCUGGCCAUCGAAUACCCCCCACAGGUGACCAUCCUGGGCUAUGAUAAUAACUGGUACGUGGGUCGGACCAACGUGGCUCUGACCUGUCAGGCUACUGCCAACCCCGUCCCUACCACCAUCGCAUGGAAAACUAUGUCCGGUCAGAUGCCAGACACAGUGCAGGUAAAAGAAAACGUGCUGACUGUGCUAAAGGUGGACGAGCAGAUCAACACAACCUUCGUCUGCGAGGUCAAGAACCGCCUGGGCACCGGCAAGGACCAGGUCACUGUUAUGGUCCGAGAACCCUCUGUGGUCCCCUCCAACGCGGCCGUGGUGGCAGGUGCUGUGAUUGGCUCCCUUCUGGCCCUCCUCCUCGUCGCCGCCCUUAUCGCCGUCCUGGUCACCCGGAGCCGCCGGCAACAGCAGGGUUACCGUGGCAACCCAAACCACAGCUCCUUCGACAUAAAGUCGCGUCUCUUCGGCGCCGGGAAGAAGGGGAGCAAGAAUGGGACAGGUGCUGGCGCUGGGGGCAACGGGGUGGGCGGCAACAACAACAGCCCCAUCUACGUCUACAAGGAGGGCUCCGCCCAUGAUGGCCUGACUGACAAGGCCAAUCAACAUGUGCCACUGCACCUGGGGGGGCAUGGUGAGGGGGGGGUUGCCACGGCGCCCACGGCUCAGGACAUCCUGCUGAGCGGCGAGCUGGACGAGGCAGAGCGAAGGAAGUUUGCCCAGCUGGAGGACGACGAGGAGAGUUACGACCACUUUGGAGGGGGCGGGCCCAUCCUGCAACUCCGCCCACCACAUGACCAGGACGGAAUCAUGAGCGGUUACCUUGACGACGACAUGGAGUCUCAGCGCGACGGGUCGGUCAUCUCACGGACUGCCGUGUACGUGUAGAGAGAAUGGGCAGAGGAAGAGGAGGAAGAGGAGGAGGAAGAGAAAGCAGGAUGAAGAAGGAAAGGAUGAAUGAACAUGUCCUCCUUCUAGAGGAGUCGGUGGUGUUGGGUUCUCCUCUGUUGGAUCAUUUGAAAUAUGUUAACAACGACCAAACAUGCAGCCCAUAGAGAGAGCAAGAUGAAGUGGCUGAGGGAGGGAAUGUACAGAAACCAGAUGAACUGAAUGAAGUGGCUGAGGGAGGGAAUGUACAGAAACCAGAUGAACUGAAUGAAGUGGCUGAGGGAGGGAAUGUACAGAAACCAGAUGAAGUGGCCGAGGGAGGGAAUGUACAGAAACCAGAUGAAGUGGCUGAGGGAGGGAAUGUACAGAAACCAGAUGAACUGAAUGAAGUGGCUGAGGGAGGGAAUGUACAGAAACCAGAUGAAGUGGCUGAGGGAGGGAAUGUACAGAAACCAGAUGAAGUGGCCGAGGGAGGGAAUGUACAGAAACCAGAUGAAGUGGCUGAGGGAGGGAAUGUACAGAAACCAGAUGAACUGAAUGAAGUGGCUGAGGGAGGGAAUGUACAGAAACCAGAUGAACUGAAUGAAGUGGCUGAGGGAGGGAAUGUACAGAAACCAGAUGAAGUGGCUGAGGGAGGGAAUGUACAGAAACCAGAUGAAGUGGCUGAGGGAGGGAAUGUACAGAAACCAGAUGAAGUGGCUGAGGGAGGGAAUGUACAGAAACCAGAUGAACUGAAUGAAGUGGCUGAGGGAGGGAAUGUACAGAAACCAGAUGAACUGAAUGAAGUGGCUGAGGGAGGGAAUGUACAGAAACAAGAUGGAGGACUGGUGCGUUGAUAAAACAACUAUUUUUCUCUGGUCCCAAUAUGAAAAGUGGAUCACUUGAUAUCUAUCUACCAAAACAAUGAAAGAAAUCCUGAAACUAUCUUUCUCACAUCGCUGCUCUGUCUGUUGUGUUCCUCAUUUCUUUAGUUUAGGGACCUUGGAGAUUGAAGCCUCCAGAGAGACACAUUGUAGUAGGGACUUGUGGGUAAAAUGGCAUCUCCAUGCAGCCGUUCCCUCCCUAGCUAGAGAAACUCCUCACUAAAAUAUUCACUCUUAUCUCCACUAAAUGCACAGUAGCAAUGUAAGGGGUGUCACGAUGGUAUCUGCUCCCUGCUAUUCUCGUCUCUCUCCUGUGGGACAACGUUUGUUCCGGCUACAGUAGCCUUGUUUCUGCUGUAUGUGACAGUACUGGGGAAGGGAACAGGAAGUUUGGCAGGGGAAGUGGUCGAUGUAGUUGUGGUUAAGUAAAAUGUCAAACUCUCUCUAGUGUCUGUAUGUUGCAGUAGGCCUCCUCUUUCUACCUCAUUUUCUCUCUGCUAUUGUGCCACCAACUGGAAGUAUGUGCAGAAUUUAGUUUGGGACAUUCUGAAAUGAUAAACAACUUACUGAAGGAGUGGUAGUAAUCUAGAUGAAGACCGUGCAUGAAAGGGGAAUUGAUAGAGGGAUAGGAGGGAGGCAAACCAUACAGCCGUUCUCAUGUCCGGAGAGAGGGAUUAGGAUGAAUUGAUAGAUAGGAGGGAGGGAAACCAUACAGCUGUUCUCAUGUCCGGAGAGACAGGGAGAGAGGGAUUAGGAUGAAUUGAUAGAGGGAUAGGAGGGAGGGAAACCAUACAGCUGUUCUCUCAUGUCCGGAGAGACAGGGAGAGAGGGAUUAGGAUGAAUUGAUAGAGGGAUAGGAGGGAGGGAAACCAUACAGCUGUUCUCUCAUGUCCGGAGAGACGGAGAGGGUGAUUAGGAUGAAUUGAUAGAGGGAUAGGAGGGAGGGUAACCAUACAGCUGUUCUCAUGUCCGGAGAGACAGGGAGAGAGGGAUUAGGAUGAAUUGAUAGAGGGAUAGGAGGGAGGGAAACCAUACAGCUGUUCUCAUGUCCGGAGAGACAGGGAGAGAGUGAUUAGGAUGAAUUGAUAGAGGGAGAAAAAGGGACGGCUCAAACAGCAGGCUGUUCUCCCUUUCCUCCAUUUGAUCCCUCCCUCCUUGUGGUGUUCCUGACAGGAAGAGUUUGAUUGCUAAUGAGCCUUGAAGUCAAUGCUCAUUUAAGCCCACACACACACACACACACACACACACACACACACACACACACACAAACCAAAGUACCACCGCUUAGAUGGUAUGACGUGGACAUUUUCUCUUCCUCCCCGCUCUCCUCUGUUCUCCCUCUCCUCCGUUCUCCCUCUCCUCCCUCCUUACCAUGUCUCUUACCUCUGUCUCUCUCCAUCACCUCUCUCCUUCUCUCCCUCACUGUCUCUCUCCUCCACCAGAAUUUCUCCAUCACCUCUCUCUACCCUGUGUGUGUGUGAUUUACACAGGGCUGUGGGGAGGUCAGGGAUACAGGGAGAGCAAAGGGAGUAUUUCAUGCCUCCCUCCCUACGUGUCAAACACCCCACUUACUGUACCCCCUUCCUCCUGCCAGACCUGACUCAGAAAGCCAUGGUGGAGUCAUGCCCUGAUCACUGUACAUCUCGGCUUUCAUAGUUUGAUUAGUAAGGUUUCCUCCUAUCCCAUUGUAUAUGUUGCUCUGUCAAUCUAUACAAUCACAAGGUAUAUAGAAAUCCAAAUACAUGAUGGCAUAUUUGCAUCUGCAGCUAAUUAAGUUAUAAAUUAAUUGAUUGAUUCUGUGCAAACACAGGGGGGUGAAUGACCUGUUACAGGACCUACAUUGACUAGCAGAAGUCUGGGUAUAAUCCUUCAUAAUUCAAACAGACCGGAGCCUGAUAGUUUAGUGACUAAUUUGUCUUUCUAACAAGACAGUCGAGGGCUGUUCAAGCCAAUCUCACCAUGUACAACUAUUAUACAUCACUAGAGGCAAACAGACGAGCACUGGAAGGCUAUGACCAGCUGUCUUCCUGAAGAGCCUUACGUUCCUACCCUCAAUACCCCAGAUCUGAAUCCCCUCUGAAUCAGCCCCUUCACAACUCCUAUCUCAUGACUCCCCUGUGAUUCAUCGUGUUUCCUGGUUAAUCAGUGGGUUUUCCUCAGUGGGGUUUCCUGACCAGGUGAGGCACCUGAUUGGCCCAUUAAGCAUGGGUCUGUUUCUGAGUCACGACCAGCCAGAGGUCAUGGGGUCAAACGAUGUGCGUUUUACCGCUGAGGGCGUGGAGGGUGCCUGUGGGCCGCACCUCUACUAGGGCACUUUAACCCAUAGGGUUCACAGAGAAACACACAUAUUACACACACUCUGGUGAGAGAGCGACAUGUAUUAGUGUUCCAGGAUGACCUUGACUGUUGUGGUGGAGGUUGACCUUGGUGUAGGGGAGAGAAAGGAACAGAGAGGGGGAGGAAGGGAUGGAUACUGACCCACUGAGACUUGCCUAACCAUCAGCACUUGAUAACACGAUAGCCUAAGUCUGUCAAUUACUAUAGAUUGAUAGCAUAAUGGCCUCAGUAUAAGCCUAAACUCUGAUUUACAUACACAUUAUAGAUACAGUACACAUGCAGGGAGCAGGGCUCAACAGUGCAACCAUUUUACUCGCAUAUGCGCCUACAUUUUUUGCUGUGCGACAGAAUUAUUUUGGAUCCCCAGUGUGCUGAGAACCGUUUUGAAUUCUAGCUUCUUUACCUCAAAUAUUUUUCACUGUGCUCCUAAAUUUCUUUGUGUGCGCCUACAUGUUUCAACUUAGCCACACACGUGCUCCUAAAAAGGUCAGCAUAGAGGCCUGUAGUGAACUACUAAUCAUGACCACUAACACAAACAUGUAUCUCCUAUCUUUGCACUUGUGUGUAACACCAAAACAGGAUAUGCCCACUAGUUAUAUUUGUAUGAAGGUGAUUAAGUGUGUCUUUGGAGAAAUAUUGAUAAUGUCCUUUGGUUUGUAAUGGGAAGGAGGAGGGAGGGGAGGGAGAAAGUUGUAUGUAUAUUUUGGUGUGAGGUGUCUGUAUAGUAUAUAUGUACGGAUCUUUAUUUUUCUUGUCGAACUCCUGUGGAAAAAAUGUGGAUAUUUAUCAUUGUAAAUAACUGCUGUAUAGAGUCAAUGUUGUCGUGUGGAACUCAUUUCCUGGUUUGGCCAAGGUCAAAGUUCAAUCGGAGCCAAUAAUAUUGUACACAGAAUGUAACUGCUUAAAUAGACAACCCUUCAAUGAAAAGGUGUAGGAUGUAUAAGAUGCACAACUUCAGCUACAUGUAAACAUUUGAGUUUUUCAGCCAGGAUGAUGACUGAAAUAACUGGAUAAGACAGGUUCACUAAACUCAAUCAGCAUACUUAAGAUAGCUGCCCCUUCACCCAUAAACACACACACUAUUUAUCAGAUAGAGUAGCUCCCACAGAGUCAGCGCUGUGUGUGUGGUUUCUGAGUCAGCGCUGUGUGUGUGGUUUCUGAGUCAGCGCUGUGUGUGUGUGGCUCAGGGGCUUUGGGACAUCUGUCACUGCCACAGUGCGUGUAACCCUAAUGUAACCCCCAUUUCCUGCCCCCUCUGUCUCUUAGCAUAGAGAGUUAGAGGAGACAUUACUGUACACUGUCCCCUGCAGCCUGAUCUCUCUCUCUCUCUCACGCACACACACACACGCGCGCACACACAGAGACACUUCCCGAAUGCACACAAACACUCAGUGGUCCCAACUAAGCUCGGUGGUCAGAACUCUGUCAGCACAUUCACAGACCCUUCUGUUCCCCAGAGACUGGGAGAGAGCCACACACACACUCCCUUCUGUUCCCCAGAGACUGGGAGAGAGCCACACACACACUCCCUUCUGUUCCCCAGAGACUGGGAGAGAGCCACACACACACUCCCUUCUGUUCCCCAGAGACUGGGAGAGAGCCACACACACACACUCCCUUCUGUUCCCCAGAGACUGGGAGAGAGCCACACACACACUCCCUUCUGUUCCCCAGAGACUGGGAGAGAGCCACACACACACUCCCUUCUGUUCCCCAGAGACUGGGAGAGAGCCACACACACACUCCCUUCUGUUCCCCAGAGACUGGGAGAGAGCCACACACACACUCCCUUCUGUUCCCCAGAGACUGGGAGAGAGCCACACACACACUCCCUUCUGUUCCCCAGAGACUGGGAGAGAGCCACACACACACUCCCUUCUGUUCCCCAGAGACUGGGAGAGAGCCACACACACACUCCCUUCUGUUCCCCAGAGACUGGGAGAGAGCCACACACACACUCCCUUCUGUUCCCCAGAGACUGGGAGAGAGCCACACACACACACUCCCUUCUGUUCCCCAGAGACUGGGAGAGAGCCACACACACACACACUCCCUUCUGUUCCCCAGAGACUGGGAGAGAGCCACACACACACACUCCCUUCUGUUCCCCAGAGACUGGGAGAGAGCCACACACACACACUCCCUUCUGUUCCCCAGAGACUGGGAGAGAGCCACACACACACACUCCCUUCUGUUCCCCAGAGACUGGGAGAGAGCCACACACUCCCUUCUGUUCUCCAGAGACUGGGAGAGAGCCACACACACACACUCCCUUCUGUUCCCCAGAGACUGGGAGAGAGCCACACACACACACACUCCCUUCUGUUCCAGCAGAGACUGGGAGAGAGCCACACACACACACUCCCUUCUGUUCCCCAGAGACUGGGAGAGAGCCACACACACACACUCCCUUCUGUUCCCCAGAGACUGGGAGAGAGCCACACACACACUCCCUUCUGUUCCCCAGAGACUGGGAGAGAGCCACACACACUCCUCUGGCCCAAUGUCAGGGAUUUGAAGGAGAAUGUGUGCUAAGAACACUUUAUGAGAAUCAUCUGUACUGUUGCUCUCUGUGAGUGCUGCGUUUUACCGCUUUCCCAAAAUAAAAUACCCAAUUGGCCAAACUUGACCUCCACAGACUGGUCCUGAAGUAAAAUGCUUCUAGAAAAUCACUAUCCAACUAUGUCUUCAGUCUUAUACAACAUUUAGUUUUUUUUUAUGUAAGUGUUUUCUGGGAAUCUACUCUUGACUUCCACUUGUACUGGUUGGCACAAAGGUUUUAAAGUAAAAAUGUUUUUAGAGAGUUGCCGUAAUGUUCCUGUCCUGGAGCUAACACAGUGGUAGGUUGUUAGUUAGUAGUUGUUGAUAAUCCACAUCAUCGUCAUCUGGCUCUAAACACUGAUGACUAAUCCAAGCCUUAGCUUCCUUGUCGUCUCGAUCGCUCCCCCCUGACGUGUACAUAGUAUAAAUAUAUAAAUACAGUAUCUAGCGGAAAUAAUUACUAAUUUAUGGUGUCACGUGUUCUAUUUCUCAGCGGCAGGCAUGAAGGAUUUAUUCUGUUCUGUAUCAAUGCUUUGUCCUUAUCUUUUUAUCUCUUAUUGCAGUGCUUUAUAAUUAAUGCUUUUGGAGUGCUUUAUUUCUCCACUGCUUUGCUGUGACUACUACGCCAAAACAGGCUUAAUUAAUGUGCUUUUACUGCACAAAAUGGUGCACGGUGCACACUCAAAACAAUCUUACCACAAAAUGUGCUUUUUGUUCACCAUUCUCUGAACUUGUUUAUGUUAUUUUUUAAAGAAACAUUUUAGAAUUUGUCAUGUCUUUCUAUUUUAUUUUUUAUUUUUUUGUAUUUGGUUGCAAUUAAAGUUUUCUUGAUUUUUGAAAUGA